AUGGAGAACGUCAACGUCGCCGAGCUCGUGGAGCGCCUCGGCAGCGAUGAAGAUGCCGUCCGCAAAAUGGCCGUCUUCAAGCUCCAGAGCAACAUCGGCGACCCAUCCUUCGCUGACCUCUUUAUCGCCGAGGGCGGCUUGGUUCGUCUGCGCUAUCUCACCCUCCAUGCCAGCGGCAAUACCCUCGCCUACAGUUUAACCAGCUUUGCGAGGCUGCUAGAGGUUGACAAAGGGUGGGAAUGUGUGGACGCCGAAUUGGUCGAGCGAGUAAGCACACCCCCUCCGCAGCAGUAA